UGGAACGGCGCUGCUGCUCCUAUAUAAAGGCGCCCGCAUCCCCGGCAAAGGCGCCGAGCACCUCAACUGACGCUCUGCAGCACCGGUGCGUCGUGGCAGUCGCGUGGUGCGCCUGGGGAGCCGAAUGGCGGCCGCCGCUCCGCCGGAGAUGGGCUAUCCCCGCCGCGCCAACGGCGACGGCGGGAACCUCCUAGUACCAGCGGCGCGGCAGCUCCUCGACUCCGGCCGCGCCUUCACGAUGCUCGGCGCGCUCGUCCUCACGUGGCGCCGCCUCGCUCGCUGCAACGCCGAGCACGCGCCCGCCGGCUUCCUCCUCUGGCUGCUCGGCGCGGGGCUCGCGACGCUGUCGCUCGUCGCCGCGCGGUUUCCCGGGCUCGCGGCCGCCGGCGCCGCUCUUGCGGGGGCGCUCCGCCGCUACCUGCUCGGCGGCCUCUGAGCGGAGCCGCAGAGAGCUUAGCCCACGGACCAGGACGACGGUGCUGACCAACAGUCCAACGAACGA